AUGCAAUCGUACCAGUGCAGCCCAUUAUCUACCCCUGAAGGCAUCGUAUCAACCUUCAGACAGUGUGCUAAACUUCAAAAGGACAAAGAUUUGAAUAAAUUUGUGUCUGUGGUAGUAUUGGACGAAAUUGGAUUAGCUGAAGAUUCUCCCCUGAUGCCUUUAAAAACACUUCAUCCUCUACUGGAAGAUGGCACAGCUACUACUGAAGAAUCAGGAACAACUUCGGAUCAUCGCCGUGUUGGUUUUAUUGGUUUAUCAAAUUGGGCGUUAGAUCCUGCAAAGAUGAACCGAGGCAUCAUGUUGAGUAGAGGAGUACCAAGUGAAAACGAACUCUGUGAUAGUGCAAGGUUUGAGGCGAUUCUUAGGGCCUGUUUACAUGGAGACAGGGUCACCCUAUCAGGAGGGUUACCCUAGCAAGCGGGUCAGAAAAUAGCGAGCGUUUACAUGAGGUAGGGUACCCCUACUGCUAGGGCUGUUUUGCCCGAUAGGGUAACCCCACCUAUGCGUGGUCGCUGAGCCGCCUGUAUUAGAAAAAUGGCGCCGAAACGCAACAUUGUGUAAUAUGCUAUUUAUUGGGCCUUUGCUUGCUGCAUUUCAAUGUUGUGGUCUGUUAUUUCAAUGUUGUGGUCUAUUACUCGCAUUGCGUAAUGUAUUCCCUGAUAUAGUCCAACACAACAGUUUUUCGACAUGUUCGGCUGACCAAGAGCAUUUAUUUUGUUUUUUGACGUCGACGAGGAUGUGCCGGAAUUUUGCUUCCUUUUCGCCGUCUUUGACUUUGUUAUCGAAACUACAUCAUUCGCAGCGUUCUCGUCCAAAGGCAAAGCUUCGUUCUAUGCCUAUGCUUCGUUCUAUGUUAAAUUGCUUAUCCUUUUUAGUGCAAUGUUUCCAUGGAAACGUUGCACUAUUGUGAUGAGUGGCGAAAUUCAAGCGAGAGAUACAUAGAGUAAACUUUCCGGGGGGAGUUGCAAAUGUUAUCCCGAUGCCAUAUCUAAAAAAACUUCAAGGUUGGAGAAUUUUUAACGUUAAAACGGUAUUUAUAGUAAUAGUAAAAUUUCUUAAAUUUGAUUUAUUUAGCUUGACAAUCAAUGUUUAAACGUCUACAUUACAGCAAUGUUAAAAGUUUAGAUAAGAAAUAUGGGGAUUCGUGCCAUUAGCAUCCCCCGUAUCAUCGGAUUUUCGUGAGAACUGCAAGUCAGCAAAAUCAGCACGCACAAAUAAAUAUGGCGAUAUGUAUGAGUGCUGGUCGAAAUUUUAGAACAGGCCUUGGGCAAACGAUUUAACAUGGAUAUGUAUUAUUUCGAUGCAAUUUUAGACUCUAUUUUGGGCCGCUUCAACACGCCACAUUUCAUACGAGGCCCGAGUUUUUGCAUGUCUAUUUAUGAUUUUCUUUAUAGGAAUAUUUCAAUUUAAAUCUCGUAGACGUAACUCAAUUUAUGUCACGAAAUUUAGUUAUACAGCUAUAGUUUAUUCUUUUAUAUAUGACUGUAGCCAGUAUAGGCAGACACGUUGUUUUAUAAAUAACAUGAAAUAUAAUAUCCCCGUGCAGUAGAUCAUGCAAUAUCAUGUCUAUAUAUAAAUGUUUGUCUAUAGUAACUGUAGUGCCACAUUUAUAGCACGCUCGUCUAUAUUAGAUCUAUAAUUUAUCUGCAAUAAAAGCAUAGUCAUAUACAAACAGCAUUUUUCUGAUAUAAAAAUAUAAUUUACGUGCUGUAUAUGAGUCUGUGAACAGACGGUAUACAAUCAAUACACAAUAGGUGUCGCAGAAUUUGACAGAAUUUUUUUAAUAUUGUUUUGAUUAUUCAUUUAUUCAAGGCCCGCAUAUUGUAGCCUGUGCACAUGCAGGCAGCCGCAAUAAGUUUUAUUGAUAUGGAUAGUAAUAUAUGACUUGCAUCAUUGCAUGAAUGUAUGAGUGAUAUUUGGUUUUUGUGCCGUAAUUGAAGUAAAAGGAUAAUAACAAGCGCGAAGUUUGCUGUUGGCAUAAUACUAUAAUCGAGAUAUACUAGCUUUUAAUAACAAAGCCUUUGUUUCAAUAAAUUUAUUUGAAUUCAAGAUUAAAAGUUAUUAUGUCUUAGGUACAAUUCGUAGGUCAUCGUAUUGAUACAUUUACUUGAAUACAAUGUCAAUGUCGAUGGCAAUGUUUACGUUUAUAAAAAGUUGCCAAGUUGGCAAAUUUACUGUUUUGGCAAUUAAUGCGUGAUGUGGCCGAAAUUUCGGCCCAAUCUUAUCGUAAGUAUAAACUUGUCUGCGUUCUGUAUAUUAAAUAAAUUGAGAUGCUACAAAAUAAUAUACAGGGAUAUCGACAAAACUAAUUUUUUGAUACUGAUUACUGUGUUAUGUAUAUAAGCAAUUGAGACAUCCAUGUACGACAAAUGUACGACAUUAAUUAAAAAUGUAGCUUCCGGCAAGCUACUGUUAGCUGUGUCACAAACCGUGAAACGUAAACAAAGCUCGGAAAUUUUUGCGAUUUGUGGUAUGGUUGGACCAAAAUGGCUGUAAUAUGUUCAAAAGUUCAUCUAAAAGUUUCAAAUUUCGUCUACUUCAAGCGUACUGGUAAUUUACAACAAAAUUUAUAAUUAAACGCGAACCGCGUCAAAUUAACUGCAAAACUAUGAACAAUAUGUUUGAAAAAUUUGAUAUUUCCGCAAUGACUUUUCAAGCUUUCAGAAACAUUGCACUAUCCUUGGAUCCCUAGUUAUUUUCUGGUGUCGUUUAAAAUACUCGCCAGGCUGAUAUAUUCAUAUGUAUAAUCUAGCGACGCCAUCCUUGUUUGUCUAGCAGUCACAGUAGGGCGAAUAAAACAUGACCCGCUUGCUAGGGUAACCCUACCUGACGUGUUUACAUGACUUAUGUAAACAAAAAGAUAGCCCUGCUGCUAGGGUCACCCUAUAUGUUUGAUAGGGUAACCCCACCCCUAAAACAUAUUGAAGUAGGGUGACCCGCUUACUAGGGUAACCCUGCUGCUAGGGUCACCCUACCUCCAUGUAAACAGGCCCUUACUCAAAUAUUUAACAUUCCAGUCUAUAAAUGCAUGAGGACUAAACUGUAUAUAAAAUCCGGGAUGUUACCUAAGGCGAGGCCUUGAGUCGUAAUUAUACUACAGCAUAAGUUAGGUCAGCUUAUUGAUUUAUUUCUAGCAAUUGUUUUUUUCUCAUUUUUAGGGGAAUUUGUUCUAGUAAUAAAGAUAUUCAGAAUCGUCUUGAAGCUUAUAUCGGGAGGUUAUGUAAUGGGUAUUUUGACCUUUAUGAACAACAAAGCGAUUCAGAAACUCUAAAAAAUGCCCAAAAGGACGAAUUCUUUGGACUUCGGGACUUCUACAGGUUAGAAGUAUAUUCAGAACAUCACUUGUGGUAAUUUAUGCGGCUGAUUCUCUGGGAACAAUACAGAUUAACAAGGCUGUUUACCAAGCAAUUUCAAUUUUUUCCGUGUUUUUAAAACACGAAAGAUAAUGAAAACACGAAGCCAUUUUUUGUGUUGCCAUAACAAAUGCAAAAGAUAUGUAACAUGCUAAAGAGUAAAUCUCUGUUUAUGCUUACAGUUUGGUAAAGAUGGUGUAUGGUUUUGCUGUGCAGACAGAACAAGGUGAACAAUUACUCAGUGAUGUAGAACUGGAACAAUCCAUCAGAAGGAAUUUCAGCGGCCUGGAUGACCUUGAUCCCGUGAAGAUAUUUAGUGGGCAAUUUUUAAGACUUAAACAUUAUGUAAAGGUAAGAAAAAUACAUACAGUAUAAUAUGCCUCAACUUCAAAUUGUCCAGUGAAUUAAAAAGCUCAGUUUGAGGCAUGUGAGCAUGAAAUCAAUCGCGAUAUCACGCCUUACGUCAUCAAUUAGUUUUUUGUGUAGCCGCUAUGUCGCUAAAAGAAGAUGCCAAGAUGUUCAGAUGUGACGGAAAUUGUCGUGUUAACUUCGGAAACUGUCGUUCAUGACAUGGGCGUUACGUCGCUUGCAACUAAGGAUGAACGGUCGUAGAUAAUAACAUUGUUUUAGCUGCGACUGUUCAUCCUUAGUCGCAACGACGGUAUGCGAGAAAAUCCGUCAUUUCCUGAUUUAUUGUGAUUGACCUUUUGCCGCGCCUUAUCUCUGGUUUUAUGCGCCCAAUAAGGACAAAAACACCACUGUUAGAUUCAGCCGAAGCAAUUGUACUUACGGAUGUCAAAUGUGUUACUAAACAACACUAUUCUAGCGAUUUUUGGCCUUUGAAAGUCAAGCGAAAUUGUAUUGACUAUUGUUGAUAAAUCGCUCAAAAUUAUUAGACUAGUUAAAAAUGCAGUACGUUUGAUCCUUUAUAACUUUCGUAUCGUUGGUUUUCUUGUUUUCGGCCGUAUACCAGUGGGUUCGUCUCACUUCUCUCUUAAUUUUGAUAGUGUUUUGAGCCCAAAUAUUUUAUUUUGAAGGUUAUUGAUAAAUUUAAAGGUGCAGUUUUACUAAGCGAAAAUGCCGACAUUGUAUUGUUUCACUUCCUAGCACUUUUGUUGCUUCUUUGCCUGACAACUUUAAAAAAUAAAUUACCUCAAAUUUCUCGUAAGUUUGCUGUUUUACUCUUGUCGUUUUAUAGCGUUAUUCUCGUAAUGUUUAAGUGUUCGUAACAUUAUUUUCGAUUAAGGAAGAAUUGAAAAAGCUUUAUUAAAAGUUCGUUUGAUGGCUUUCCUCGGCUUCGACCUAGCUAAUGUUCUUCCAUAGUAGGUUUUUCACUCAAUGUGAAAUGACUUUUCUUUGUCCUGACCAGAAAAAAAACCCCAGCUACAGUCUAAGCACGGACCCUAAACUAAUAAGUGUUUUUUGGCCUAUAUUUGCUAUUUAUUGCCUGAAUAUCUCUAUCGAGCAUUAGAUUGUUUUAGGUCAAACGGCGUUUCAUAGAUUUAAAAUGGGUUGCUCUCUGGUAUAUUCCCGUAGGGUUAGAUAAACAUAUGAUACGCGAUAUUGAUUGUCGCGAUCACUUCGCGCGAGUAGCGAUUGUAGUGUAAUGUAAAUGGUGCACACGAAAACUUGUGCCAUUGACGAACAGGGUGCACGGGAAUCGAACAUUUUUUGUGUUUUGAACCGUAUUUAAUAGUGACUUUAUAUUAGCGACCACUUUAAGCGUAAUUUACCGAUAAAACUGACAUAGAAGUUCAAAACCGCUGGUAAUUUGCAGUAUAGAGCAUAUUAAUAUUUUGUCGUAAUUCCGUUGCCUUUUUGCACGGCGUUGUAUACUAAACUUGUAAGGCGAGUUUGUAAGAUUAAAAUAUGCAAAAUAAACAUUUUCAACCUAGUAGCAGAUUAUUAGCUUGAAUAACAUAACGUAAAUGACUGUGUAGUAAAAUAUCAGCAGGAACGCUUGAAUGCAAUUUGCAUAUGCCUCAGUAAUUAACAAUGCAACGCUUUACCAGACGGUUAACCAUGGCCAUAAAUGUUAGAAAUUAUUGCAAGCAACGUUAUGGGACGAUAAAUUUUGUAGUUUUUCUAUUCAUUAGACAUGAAUGAACUUUCUUUUAAAUGUUUAUAUCGUAAUUAUGGUUACCAUUUGCUUAUUUGGGUUUUUAAGCACGGUUCACCAUAAUAUUGAUAAAAUAUUUGAUGUCUUUAAUAGCUUUUAAAUUAAAACAAGAGGUUAACCGUAGCCGAACAUCGUAUUUCUGCACAAUUCGCAGUUGUGAUAACUUGAUCUUCUCUGAUACAAUCCUGCAUUUUCUGGAAAUGUCAAAAAUGCAACAAUGUUUACAAAAGUAUGCCAGCAAACAUAACAUUUCUCGUUAUUGUCGGUGGUUAACCGUCACGGUUAACCAUGGUUAACCGUUCAGCGUGACGUGAAACCAGAGGUAGAUAUUCGUCCCAAACUACGAUAUAAAGUUAUUUAAUAGGAACUGUACAGUUAGCAAGAGCAGAAGAUGCACAAUUAAUUUGUCUAAUGCAUUUUUUCAUUAAACCUUCUCCAAACUCUAAGUUUAUGUACUGCACAUGCAUGUUGGUUGCAUCAAAAGCACUUGCAAAUCUAUCUGGUUAAAUUAACAUAUAGUGUUGAUCAGCGUUUUUUUGUUUAUAAAGCACAUAUAGUCGAAAAAUAAUGUUUUUUUGUCUCGUUUUGAAGCUUACACAUCUCGGCUGAAAGGAAUAUACAUUGUGAAUCGUAAAGCCCUUGGCAGCUGAUUGCAUUUUAACUAGGAAAACUGCAAUUUAUUGGAGACAAUCGUGGACAAAAGUGUUAAUAAAAUCGAUCGACAUUUUAGGAAAAUACAAUCAAAUCCCCCACCCAUGCAAUGUUGCCAUGAUUUUCCUCUCAUUUUAAACGUAGUUCAACAACAUUGUGUUGGGGGAAGGGGGGGGGGAGUAUGUUUUAGACAAAAUACAGGAAUUAAACUACAAUUUAAACUCUCACAGAGGUAAAUUAAAAUUUUAUUAACAAGUUAAGUCCACGAUUGUAGUUUCACUCCAUUGUGAAAUCACUCCAUUGUCAUCUUGUAAAAUUAAUAAGAGUACGAAGACGUUAUAUGUAGAUAUUAAUAUAAAAUGCAAUACAAUGUUAUCGGUAAUACGUUAUCUUUUUAAAGCAUCCCUCGCCAGAAUGCCUUCCAGUGAAACUUAUCCAAGAAAGUCUUGGUAGAACAGAAGUUGAAGGGUGAGUUCAUAUUUAUGUCAUUAUUUCAUAUUGCAUUUUAUCAAAGAAUUAUAGGUGGAAUUUUGGAUUUGGGAAUUCGUUCAAUUUUGCUUAAGGAAUAUGUAUUUUUUUAUUUGCUGCUCAUCCUAAUGAAGAAUUUUUCCAGAUGUGAUGCGGAAUCCGGAAAGUUUUUAGAAAAACAACGUAAAGGAACUUUGAGGCCCAAAAUUUCCGCUUGAUUCCCUGAUAUUUUAUGUCGGAAAGUAGCGAUUGGAUCAGAUUUUUGUGGAAUAUGUAGCCUGCUUGCAUCCUGCAUGCGAGAAUUGAAACGUUGGACAACUAAACAAAUAAAAAAUCUGUUCGAUGCAAUGGACUGUUAUAUUUUAUUUUAGGGAAAGUCGCUAUUUGCUUGUUUUGACGGAGAACUAUGCAGCGCUAAGAUUGUUGCAGGGCCAGUUGCAAAAUCACGAUCCUGUUAUCAUUUUUGGCAGCAGUUUCCCGAAAGAUCAGCAAUACACUCAGGUAUAUUGUCAAUUUUUAUUUAUUUGCAUGUUGCGUCCCGAUUUCAAAUAUCCAUGCAACCUUCAAUAAAGUAUUAUUAUUAUUAAAAAGCGUUGGUUUAGAAUUUUUGUUUAUCAAUUAUUUAUUUGUUAAAUUGUAUUGAUGUAGAAAAUAAACAAUGUUUAUCAAAUUGUAGAUUUGUCGAAACAUCAAUCGAAUCAAAGUAUGCAUGGAAACGGGAAGGAUGGUGAUCUUACUUAACUUAGAAAGUCUUUAUGAAAGUUUAUACGAUGCAUUGAAUCAGGUGCUUUUUCUCUCUAUAUAUAAAUAUAUGUUGCUGUCCGCUUAAUAAUAUUCCCGAUAUAAGUAUAGGACAUUACACGGUUCAAGAAGUAUUAAUCUCAAACUCAUUAAUAGUUCAUGAGUAAAUUAGCCAACCAUAUUGCUUUAUUUUGCUCACAUGAUAAUACUGGAUAUCUGAUAAAGUACAUUAAUCCAGUCCUAGGACUGGGUCAAAAUUAAUUCAGUCCUUGGACUGGAUCAAAAUUAAAUAAAUUUAAAUUGUGAUUUAUUCGCAUGAGAUGUCAUUUCAAAUCCUCCAAUUCGGACUGGACUAUAGAUUUCAACUCCUCGCAUUUUGAUCCAAUUGCGCUGACUUGAGAUCUGGUCCAGUCCUCAUAGUCGGAUUUGAAAUAUUACAUGAAAAAUUGCACGCGUGUUUUGCGAAAUAUUUAUAACACAAGUGUGAUUUUUCAUUUACUUCGAGAACAAGUGUGUUUUUGAUAUCAUUUUGUAGUCAAUUUUGCAUUCAAGCGAACUCUGCCAUAUACGCAUCUUUGUCAAUUUUGAGAGUAAUUUCUCACACAGGCAUGCGAGAGAAGCCCCAAAAAAAAAACCUUUAGAAAUUCGAGGAGAUUAAUCAGCAAGUAUAUUAAAUUUAGGUCAUUUCGGGCAAACUGCCCCCCCCCCCCUCUCUAUGUACCUUUUCACCGAGAUUUACGCAUUGUUUAUUUGGAUUUUGUUUUAAAUUUCUGCAUUCACAUGAGCGUGCGGAAUGUAGGGCUUGUAUUCGUACCAAUUAAUCUUUAAUCGGUACACCUGUGCGAUUAAUGUAAAUUGAUAACAAUGAUAUUAAAGAUUUUAUUAUAGGACAUGUCACGAGAUCCUUCUUAGAAAAGAAGAAAUAGCUUAAUAUGCAUGAAUCUGGCGAAGAAGGAAGGCACAGAUUACGUUUCAACAUCAGGACCUUUAAGGAUUUUCCCGUGGGGGGAGCAUUUUUUGAGAAGGGAAGCAAUGGCCGAAGGCCACCUGUGUGACCGACAUACCACACAUGAAUAGGAGGUCUGGGCCAUACUCCCCCAGAAAAUAUUUGAAAUUUGAAGCCCGGAAAUGCCAUUUCCUGCAUUCUGAGCGUCCAAAUUUGCUCUAAAAUUUAUGCUAACUAUACUUGUAUUUGAAAUAGAAGGAAAAAACGCACAAAAAAUAAAAAUAUUAACAAAUAACUUAUUACAUUGCAUUGCAUUGCAUUGCAUUGCAUUGCAUUGCAUUGCACACAGCUCCUUUAAAUCGAUUUUGUUAAACAAGGAUAAAGCUAAAACUUACUUUCCGUUUAUCAAUUUAUUUAUUCUUCGCUGGUUUAUUUGUAUAAAUUUAGUAGAAAGGGACUUUCCUGGGGGGGGGGGGAGUCCCUUUCUACUAAAUUUAUACAAACAAACCAGCGAAGAAUAAACAAAUUAAUAAACGGAAAGUAAGUUUUACCCCCAGCUUGUAUGUUGAAAAAGGUCCUGUUCAACAUCCUCGAUUUCAACAUCCUCAAUUGGACAAUUGUCAAAUUGUAAUGCAUUCUACAUAUGACAUAACUUGUACUUUUAUUUUCUUUUAGUAUUAUGUUUAUCUGGAUAAACAAAAAUAUGUUGACCUUGGUCUGGGAAACCACAGAGUGAAGUGCCGAGUUGCAGACAAGUUUAAGUAAGUUCCUAUCACAUAAGAUAUUGUUGCUUUUCGCAGGGCGGGAGUUUCAUUUGUACGUUAUUUAAGUUUGCAGUGCGCAAGUUGUGUAUCAGAUCGCCUUAAGUAUAAUGUUAAUUAAAGGGGAUAAAUUUGUGUCAUUUUUGGAUUGUUGCACACAUAACAUUAUCAUCAACAGGGAUCACUUGAGAACAAGUAAGAUUGUCCACUGUAAAUUACUUGUGCACCCUUAGGUGAUCAACAAGUCCAAUGCGAGAUGCACAAACUCUUUUAUAUACACUACAGAUUCGAUCGGUAGUGACUGGUGGAGGUGCCGUUUCCCGUUAUGUGCAUUGUAGUCUCCCCAGCCUUUCGCUGCCUUUUAAAUUCAGAUAUACCUGUAGUAGCACCCUUGUAUACUCAGCUUCGUGCAAUCCUGCAUGGUGGGCUAGGUCCUCCCAGUUGUCGACACUGAUGUUACAAUAAGCCAGAGAUACCUUCAGGUUGUCCUUAAUUAAACCGUUUUAUCUGUUCCCCACGGGACUUUGCACUCGAACCAAGUUGACGGCAACAUUCCAUCGUGAUAAUGUGUCCCCACCAGCGAAGUUGACUUCGGAUAACCAUGGCGUCAAUGCUAUAAUACCAUUGGCCUCUUCUAGAAUGACACCCACGAUGCGGUGGAGAUAUCACUGAUGUACUUUUCAAGGGCACAAAACGUUGUACACAAGUAUUUUGGUAUCCAUCCCUGAAACGUCUGCGGCCACAUAUUCAGGUCCGGAUUAACCACUUGGCAGAUGUGGUAUAUGCCGCGGGCCUCGCGCUUAUAGGGGCUUCGCGUUUUACUGUGUCACGCCCAUUUUUACGAGAACACGCCCAUUGUCUAUUGGGACACGCCAAUUUUAGGUGCCUUGCGAAUUUACAUGCCUCGCGAAUUUAGGGACCUCGCGCAUUUAGGGCCCCUAGGCUUGGCAGUCGGCCCCAGGAAAAUAUGCAAUACCCGUAUGCAUGUAAUCUCCCGUUGCGCUGAACUGUUAUAUGAUCCUUUUUAUACUUGUUGACCCAAAUACUGGACCAGGCAGGCCAAUUAAUUCAUUAAUUCAGGUUGUUCAAGCACCCAAAUUAGCAAAAUAUAAAGGUUUCAUUGAUAUUUGAAACCAGUUUUAACGUAACGGAAAAUUAUGCAGAAGUCCUGGUGAGGAUAGCUUGGCUGCGAAAUUGCGGUGAUUUGCGGAUAAAAUUGAAAACAGUUAUUUAACAAUUUUGUGUGUGUUUCAAUUCAAAGGUUUUCAUAACGAGAGGGAUGGGGGCCUCGCGCUGAAAAUCUGCCACGGGCCUCGCGCGACGUUAAUCCGGCCCUGCACAUAUUAACAGCUAUGAUGAGCUAGCUCACCUUAACUGAACAUGCGUAGAGUGCACAUGCUAAAUAUUAAUGCCAAAAACUGCUAAAUUAUUAAAUAUAUAAGUUUUUGGUGAAUAUGUAGAAUUAUAAAUGCCCAAGAAAAGUAUUAAGUUACUAGGCAUAAUGAAAAAAUAAUUAUGUAAACUUACAAUUUAAAACUAAAGCAAAACAAUAACACUUGCAAAUUCGUGACUGAGCUAACAAUGUCAUGCAAUGAAUGCUCAGCGACAUGACCAUUUUCUGUGCAAUUUCCGGUUGUGUCAUGUAUCCGACCAAAAACAUGACUAACACUUGAAGAGUUGGAUUUCGGCAUCAAAUUUUUGUUUUUACAAAACGGAAACUGCCCAGGUAGGGGCAGUUCUGAACGUUCAUUAUUACGGUUUUGUUCAUCUUGAGAGAAGGUAACCCGAGCCUGGCUGAUACAUUAUCUCCUCUUCACAUUGACAGAAAGGCCAAGCCUUUGGUACCCAUGACCAAAGAUGUUCAGAGCAUGGCUUGAAGUUUAUCUUCUGUGUUUGUGCUUUUGUCGGGGUACUGAAAUUUGACGAUCCAAAAUUUGUCAUACAUGCGCACAUAACACUUCAGUCGUUAACACUUCUGGAAAUAUACAGCAUCUUAUAAGUUAUAACCCUUGGCUUACUGUACUUAAGUCCAAUUUUACCAGGAACAUGUGUUAUGGUGCGUUAUUUAUGCGUCGAAUAUAUUUUCCAAUUAGGUAUAUUUUCAACCUUUAGGCUUCGGGUUCAAAUUAUAUUAACGCUACCGUAACACAAAUAGCAUGAAACCUUAUACCUUUUAUAUAUUUUAUUUACUUUCAACAAUAUGAAUUAGCGUCUCUAUAAUGUUAUAAUAAUAUAGUAAUCUUAAUAUAUCAACUUAUCUCUCUAUUUGUUUGAGCUGAGCACAACUUUGAAUCUUUAUUCUUUAUACUUUGUAUUCCGUCGUCUUUAAUAAUAAUUAUUCCACAAUAUUCCAAUGUUCUUCAGUUUACUUGACGAGGCUUAAUUAUCUAGCCUUUUAAUUAUAUACUUCAGCCUUUGUUGGCUUAUGAAGUAUUUUAGCCUAAAUGGCUCUUCUCACUUCACUCUUCGCUCUCGACUCUCAGGUUGUGCUCAGCUUUUAUAAUAAAUUUUAGAGGACGAAAUCUGUAACUAUGACUAAUUCCCUCUACGCAAUAUGUUUGUCAAAGCAAGUUCUAGCAGUGUUUAUCAACCACAAAACUAUGUCCUGUUUGCGUGGUUUGCGGUACUAGGCGUUUCCCGUGGUUCUUUAAUCUCUCUAAAUAUUUGCUUAUUCAUGCGAGGAAGGUUGCCUAAGGUCUUCCUCUUAUAAUUAUAACAGUAUACUGAAUAUAUAGUUUUGAAUAUAGUAUUGAAUAUAUUAAAUAACAUGGUAUAACACUGCCAUGUUACACAUGUCGUUCAUUAUUUUUAUCAGUGCUAUUGACGCUACCCAUGGCUGCAUAAAACACUGGUAAUUUUGACCUCCAUUUGAGAACCAGAAAUACAUACAUGCAACAAUCCCUUGCCCUUUCUAUAACCAAACAGGCGACCAUAGUUCCCAAACAGCACUUCAGCAUGAAGUACCGUGUAUUGAAUUAGCCAUCCUCUGAGGAAACAUGUUAGUGGUAGCCAUGAAAACAUAAAUAUACAUUUGUGUGUUAAAAUUUGAUUUUUUUUUACAAAAGGCGAAAAAGGCUUUGGGGAAAGUUAGGAUGUAGGAACAAAACCCUGAAGACGAAAUGGUUGUUAUAUAAAGUUGUAUUCGUUUAAUUUGUACAGAUUGAUUGUAGUUGCUGAAAAGGAUGACGUUUAUGAACGUUUUCCAAUUCCUCUUAUCAAUCGACUGGAAAAACAUCUACUUGUUAUGUCGACUGGUUUAACAGAACGUCAAGCUCACUUGGCUAAAGAAUUGGAGGACUGGGUGAAGCUCUUCUCGGAUGCAAAGCCUGAAUAUUUAUCUGGCGAGAGGUAUAGAACUUUGACUUGUUGUAGUGAUUAAAUACAAUGAUUUAUUGAAUAACCAUGCCGUAGUUAUAAUUUUUAGGAACGUUAGCUUUAGCAAAAGUAAAACACUAAAAGACAUUGUCAAGUUUUAGGGCUUUCUAGUGAACCAAGGAAUAUAAUUUAACUUACACCAAAAUCAAUUUCGUCACUAUAUGAAUACAGUUUCUGUUAUUUUUAAUAUACCAGGCAGAUUUUAAUAUAACAGUCUGCGAUCGGCCAUCCUUAAAUUCGGUCAAACAUUGAUGAAGGUCGAUUAGUGUUGCAACUCUCCUUUCCAUUUAACUGCCAACUUCCUCGACUUUUGUUAACUCUCAUCACAUUUGAUGAUUUAAAUUAUGAGAGAUGAUGAGAAUUGCGGUAUAGUAUCCACUAGAGAGCUUCAGAUUAUGACUUUCACUAUACUGCUGCCUAUCCCUAAUUUGAUACGUAUAGUUUAAACCCAUGUGAUUGAUCAAUGGUAGCGGUGGCGGUAGCGUUAGUGGAAGUUCAAUCUGAACUUGUCUAAUCAACUUUGGUCCAAUCUCGUAAUUCUUGCCAUUGUCAUUUGACCACGGCACAAGAGCUGAGAACUCUCAUGCAAAAUCUCGCUGACCAGUUCUUAUCCUCAUUUGACUAGGGCUUUAGUGCGAAAGCGUAAGCAAACUUGUAUAAGAAUUAGUUGGUUAUGCAGGAAUCAGUUUUGUAUUAAUUGUAUUAGUUCCAAAAGAGGCAUAAAGAAAAAGUCAUAUAUACAUCAUUUUCACGUUUGAUAAAGGUCAAGGUCCUAGCACAAGCUUUGAACCAGGUUUAUAGGUAAUAUUAUAUGGGAGAUUACAGGAGAAAAUAAACUAUCAAAUAGUUAAAUAUCAGACUAGCUUGCAUUAAAUGACCGUUUAUAAAUUAUCAAUCAUCUGCUUUGCUGUAAACGCGAGGCAGAAAUGUACAUUAUAAAUCAGAUUUUGUGCCAGUACGUACAUUGACUACAUUGUUAGGUGCGAUGAUUUAAUGAUAGCUUGCAUUCUGAAAUGCAGUUCUUUGUUUUUGGCAUUAUAGCAUAUUCAAGCCUGGUGAUUGUUUUGUUGGUUACCACAGCGAUACUGCUGCUGCGGUAGUUAUGAAAUUUUCCAAACUUGAAAAUGGUUCGUCUAAUGAACAGGUAAGAGUUUUUUAUACUUGCUUGGUAGAUUCAACAGACCUACUAGGUCUCCAGCAUUUGACCGAAGAUUCUUGUAAUAUUACAAAUUUACUCAAGGACAACUUGAAGAAAUUUCCAUGACUGUGUUUUACCUGCGACAAAGAAGUAUUGGGGGGGGGGUUGUUUCUAAUGACUGCUUGACUAAUUUAUUUUAUUAAUUAAAACGACAGCUGGCUGAGACGCUUGAAGCACUAGCAACUACAAGUAAACUGAAUCCCUUGUAAACCUACAUCCAGAUUUCAUGAGCUGGUGGUUCUUGUCCCAUGCAGAAAAAUCCCAAUAAUUGUUAUUUCCCUCCCCGGCCUGAUUCAAGAUUUUUUAUUACUUGGGUGACCUAUGUUGACCAAGUCUUAAAUUCGUUUUGUUUUUUUUCUCUGGUGUUGCGUUUUGUCCCCCCAUGAUGCUUUGAGUUUCUCGCGUGUUUCUUCCGCGCUGGGGAUGAGGCCGGCUUUGAGGGCUUGAGGCAUGUGUAGCAAUUGUGUCUUUGAAGUCUUUCUUCAAAGAAUAGAGUAAAUACAAAGUAAAGUUAAACUAUGUAUUCAAAGCAAGAAUUUAUUUUAAUGGUACGUUAUAUGUAAAUUAAGCAUCUCUUUAUUUAUGUAAGAAUGCUUUUGUAUAUCUUGUCUUGGCACUAAUACCUGUACAUCUGGUUGUCAAAGUGUUGACGACCAGGUCAUAUGUUUUCGCUAGCUACUCUGGUUUUGUAAAUGAACACAAAGCCCAGUCGAAUAGUGUUAUUGUAUUCACGACCCAACGUUUCGGUACUAUUUCGCCAAAACACGCUACUUUAUAACGCAAUGACAUAUUCCAGUAUUCUAAAAUGUGGAAGUGAUAUACCGUCGCUUGCUACUAAGGAUGAACGGUCGCAGGUAAAACAUAGUCUAUUCUCAUAACAAUUAACAAAGUUCAGAGAUUUUAGUUUUUGCCGACAGAGUUCAAUGUUUCUGAUGAUAUUUGAUGGUUUCAAUUCGCUCUCUCUCUCUCUCUCUCUCUCUCUCUCUCUCUUCAAAACUUUCGCGGUAAAAACAUUGAACUUUGUUAUACGCGAAUAGGCAAUGUUUUUUAUGAGCGACCGUUCAACAAGCGAUGGUAGCUCAUUUCUUAGGCUCUUAGGAGAAUACAAGGUAGAGGAUGUAGUCAUUAAUUUUUAUGAGCGACCAUUCAUCCUUAGUUGCAAGCGACGGUAGCUCACCUUUUCAGUGAUGUAACUUUCCUUUUUUGACCACUUGUCCUCAUGUCCAAGUUGAACAUGAAAGUUAGUUGCCCUGAAUAAAAUUCACUUGCCAUCAGACAAUGGCCACUGGGGCACUUAGGUAGGGUGUAUAAAUUAAAUGGACAACAUGUCUACCCGUUCUCCCACUGCUCUAUAUGGCUAUUUAUACUGCCUCAGAUCUAGCUUUGGCCCACAAAAAUAUUGAAUCAAGUACAUGCACUAUAAAAACUUUAUCCGACAAUGAAAAUAUAAACUUAAUUGCCAACUUGCCCAAUCGGGCAAGUAAGAUAAAACGUUUACUUGCCCGUCAUGAUAUUCACUUACCCCAGGCCAGCGAGUAAGUGCUACCUGUAAGUUACACGAGAAGUGCUACCUGUAAGUUACAGAGAAACGAGGUAGAGGAUGUAGCCAGGUGCCUACUAAAUUUGUUAAUUUUGUCUGUGACAGCCGACUUACCACGUCGCCCAAGUAAACUCGUACCCGGCGUCUUAUUACAUCUAAUUUACUGUGCAAAUAAAUAUACAAACGAUGAAUAUUUAUGAAUGCAAGAGUGUUUUAAAGAGGUGAAAGAUGUAAUUUUCCAUUCUGAUUAUUAUAUAUCCUUAUAUAUAUGAGAUUAUAUAUAUUAUUCUAGAUUAAUACAUUGGCAAAAUUUCAUCUUGCAGGAUCAACUUGGCUGAAAUUGUUCGUGCUACUAUAAUUUCCCUCUCCUGCCAAAAUGUUCUGCCAAAAGAUUAAAUAGUAGCUUUUCUUUUUAGAUUCUUUCCCAGUCAAGAUACUCGUUGUUGCAGUGUGCAUCACCCGAUGCUAUUGCUAGACUACCAGCAACAAAACUAAAGCACUAUGCAGAGGAGCUUUGGACAGAGUAUUUUCGAAAUCAGAAACAUGGGAGUUUGAAAGAUUAUCUGGUUCAUUGCUUGGGAAGUGAUGAAGAUACUGAAAACGAUAGUUUUCUUGUCCAGGUAAGCUUUCCAAUAUUGACUAAAAUUGUAUGAGUACAAUUUAAAAUUGUAUGAGUCUUUUUAGUACAACUUGUGUGAUUGUUGUUAAUGCGUGCAGGCUAUUGUUUCAACAAAGAAAUGGGUUUAAUUAAUGAACUGUCAAGUUCGGUGUGGUAAUCCCCGGCAACGAAUGCCUGUGAGUUUGAGUGAAACAAAAUUGCAACAACAUUUUGUUCCUACCCCCGUCAAGCAGUAGCUGCCGUUUAUUGAAACCGCACAUAUUUUAAUAUACUACAGUUUAUAGGAGCGGACCAUUAGAUGCGGGGCAGAAGGAUUGUUCUCGGAAGGAAUUUUGUUUUUUAUGCCAAGCAGCGCAAGUAUUUUUUUCUAGUGAAAUAGCUGUGAAUGGAUUUUUUCCUCAUCUUGACCACGGCAAUAUUUUUUCGCUCAUAUUUCAAUUUUUCUCGACAAGUAUGCAACGAUCAAUAUCAAACUUUAUACAACCUCAACUGCUCAGAGAGAGUAAAAUGAUAUUAAGAGGUACUCUGAGUGACGAACGAUACCAUACGAACCAUUAAAGUAGAGGAAACUCUACUUGGCCCGACUGGGAUUCAAACUCAGUAUUGUGAUUCAGUUUCCAAAUAUCAAAAACCCAUGGAUCUGUCAACGACUUUUUUAUUAUUACUGGAUUAUUACUGGAUUAUUACUGGAUUAUUAAAAAGAUACAUGAAAAAGGAGUCCUUAAUUACCAUGUAUUUACAAGAAUUGGAUUAUUAAAGACUAUAAAUAUUUAAAUAUGUUUACCUGUACCUCAGACGGUAGAUUGUUGGACUAGUAAACCGAAGGACGUGGGUUCGAAUCCCAGCCAAGUAGAUGACAGGAGGAAAAUCACUAAUAGAAAGAUUAAGAUUGAUGUUUACGGCAGACCGGUAACCGCUAACUUUAAAUCGUAUAUUGAGAUCAAUAAGCUUUUAAACAAAGUUGUACUUUACAAAGAAAACGUGUGAAUCCAAUAUACUGUAAACAGCUCGCCGAAAGGUGUCGAAGAAAUCAGCAUAUUCACGGAUUUCCCCCAAUCAGAUUCCAUUGAAAUCUUUACCAAAUGUUUGAAAAUACACAGGAUGAGAAAAUCAACAAAAUGUGCACACAAGAAUUAUUGCUCACUCAUUAGUAAAAUAUAUAGCAGCCAUGGCUGGCCGCGCGCUCGCCCCAAUGUUUUUGCACCCCCGGCAAUAUGGCGGAAUAAACCUUGAAAAGGCCUAUUGCCUGUCGAAUUGGGGUUAUAUUGCAAGGAAUGCCGACGCAGGUUACUGUUUUAAUAAGUGAUGAAUGUAUAUAAUAAUGGGUCGCAGUAAUUGAAGCAGGAUUUGUUGGACCACGUGCUCGGUCACUCUUUAGUAAAGUGGCAGUGUUUUCAUAUCUUGCUUUUGUAUAUUACUGUUAAUCAAGUACGCAAAGUCAUAACAUUGUUAAUAAUUAUAAAACUUUUUUUCCAGAUUACCACACACUCUCGAUUAUUAUCACAAGCAAAUUCUCGUGCCAUAGCGUCAGCCGCUGGGUUUACAGGUUCACAGUCUCGUUGUAUUAGCCUUCAGGAAUUUCAUACAGAGCAACAAUUCGUCAAGACAUUAGAGUAAGUAAAGUAAAUGUUAUACAUAUGGGGAACAAUUAGGGUCUUGGCUAUAGGGUUUAUGAUUUUGGAUGUUUGCGUGCCAGUUACCCAGAAUAGCCAAAUGCACGGUUCCAGUUAAUAUGCUUGUUAACUAUAGAUUAUGGUUGUGAUUAUAUUAUGUGAUUCAACCAAAAACAAGGCUAACAUUUGCUUAUAUUUCACAUUGUUAAUAGUAUUGAGUUAUUAUAUAUUGAUAUGUCUUUUUAGCUAUUAAUACAAGCACUUUUCUACUACCAGUAUAUACGGUAGUAAAAAAUCAAUUUUUAUUUUAACUUUGAAACUCAAUCUUUCUUGUGAAGAAAUUGUGAACAAUUAACGGCAUGUAAAAGGAAGAAAGUUCAUUCGAGAUCGCUAAAGUGGUAAAUUGGUUCUUCGAGAUUUGUUCGUGUAGAAUUGUGAAGCUCGUGACCACUUUUGAACUUCAACGGAGUUCGUAAACAAUCUGCAAUGUUUUACUGGAAAUGAGCUUCUAUGAUCGAGAAUAAUAUUUUAGAGCUCUUUAAAGUAAUAUUUGUGACUAUGCUUCAAGGCAUGAAGGGGGUGAAGAGUUUUGGUGGAAGUAGGGUAGUGUUCUCCUUCUGAAACUCCCUCUUCUUUCGAAAAAAGACGGACGGAAUACAUGUAAAAUGCUUGUAUUAAUCGCUGGUAUCUUUUACUACUUUUUAUAAUUUGAAUAUGGAUCGCGCUGGAUAACUAGCUAUGGUGUCCCAUGUCCGCUAGAAAUCAACUUUUGCAUUUCACUACAUAUAUCAUAUUUUGAGGAUUAUAUUCAUUUCAUUAAAAUGAUAACAUUGUUUUUGAAAAUCACCGGUUUAUUGGUUGAAAACACAACUUAUAUUUUGAUGACCAACUUUUGAUACCCAACCGCAAUCCAAUGUCUUUGUUAUUCGUGGGCUCAUAUUACCGUGAUUUUUGAAACGCGUGUUUAUCAAACAAUGGCGGAGUUGAGUCAGGUCAGCGCGACUCUUCUAAAGGUUGCGGGUCAAAUAUCAGCCUUAGCAAACGACAAACCUGCUCAUCAGGUAAAGUAAUUAAACGCUUUUUUAUAUUCAGUGUUUUCCUUAUCCAUUUUGUGUGUUUUUUUUAUGCAGCUUAAUUUAAAUUCAAGAAUAAACAAUUAUUGGAUUCGGCUUUCGCAUGAUAUUAAGAAUUCAGACCGUGGUCAAUGUUAUCUGCCGAAGCGAAGGCGGAUAACAUUGACCGAGGUCUGAAUAAUAUAUCUUGUUGGAUUCUUCUGAGCCCAAUAUGGCAAUAUAUGAAGUCGUGACUUUAAUAUUGGGCGAGACCGAAUGUCGAGCCUAGUAUUGAAUUCGAGACUUAAUAUUUUGGCAUAUUAGACGAAGAUGAGUCCAAAGCAGUUUUAUUAUAUCGAACAAACAAGAAACUAUAGUAAAAACGAAUUCCUCCUCGUUUUUAAUUAUACAGCUGAUUCAAUUAAGGUUGUCCUUCCAAAACCUUAAACCUUAAACUCUGAACGCGCAAGGGAUGACGGGUUUUCACCUAGUAGGCCUUUAAACUCAGAUAAUUGCCUUUGCAGCAAGUAUGUUUUCUGUCGUGAGUCUUCUAGAUGUCUUAGGUAUUCUCGCAAAGCCAAAUUUCAAAGGUUAUGAUCUAAAAAGCAAUAACCCAUCAAUCCUUGCGCGCUCAGAGUUUAAGGUUUAAGUUUUUGGAAGGGCAACCUGAAUUGAAUUAGCUGUAUUUAAAAACAUCACAACAAACAGAUUAAAACUUUAAAACUUAUUAUAACGUGAUAAUAAAAGUAACAUUACUGUUCUGAAAUGUCAUUUGUGCAGGCUUAAAGCUAAAUGAAAACACAUUUGAUUGAUUUGCAACUUAAUUGAACUGACAUUCGGAUAUUUUGAUUUCGGUGAAUAUUCACCGGUAAUCACUUCGCCUUCGGCGAAUAAUUGUUAAUUAUUCAUAUACUUUACAUGACAUGUAUUAACAUUUAUAGGCCGUGGGCUAGCUGUUGGCCAAAAUUAUUUCGCUUCGUGGCACCCGUGUGGGAAAUACUUGGUUUGGGGUUUAUUUGAAACACAUAUAGGUACAUCACUACCAAAAAAAGUUCCCAAGCAAAAAAGUUGCCCAAUCCCGAGAAAAUGGGUGAUCAAUGAUUAUCAUCUAUUAAAUUGUAUUACAGCAAAAAAAAUGGGAAAUUCUGUAUUCAAUUACGAUAAAAAUGCCUUGCAUCAUCGGAAAACGUACAAAAAACCGCAUAUAAGACUUUUAAACAGUUUUUUGAUUUUUCAAAUAGUCUUUGAGUUAUUGCUGUUUUAAAUGUGGAAAUUGGACCAAAAUGUCGCAAUAAGGACUGGGUACUAGGUCAAAAACGCGUUUUUGACAGCGUAUAACUCGAAAACAAUUAUAGAUAUAAAAAAAACUGUUUAAAUGUCUUAUAUGUAGGUUUUUGUAAACUUUCUGAUAAUGCAAGUCAUUUUUGUUGUAAUUGAAUACGAAAUGUUACAUUUUCUUGCUGUAAUACAAUUUAAUAGAGGAUAAUCACUGAUCACCCAUUUUCUCGGUGUUGGGCAGGUUUUUUGCUUGGGAACUUUUUGUGGUAAUUAAGCAUCUAUGGUUCUAUGAAUUGAACCACAGAAAAUCUAUUUCCCAGGAGGGUGCCACGAAAUUGCUUUUCUAGGCACUUUUUUGCACAACAGCCCACGGCCUAUUAAUUAUGGCUUGGUGUUGGCGGCUCGUAUUUGACUUUUGAUCAGGUAGAUUGCAGAAUACCAUUUUGUAAUCUUACACCUUAAGGCCCGUUUACACGGGCGAUACGAGCCGCCAACACCAAGCCAUAAUUGAAUGUUAAUACAUUUCAUGUACAGUAUAUAAUACAUGUCAUGUACAGUGUGUGAAUAAUUCAUAUUCUUGAAUUUACAUAAGCCUGCACAAAAUGGUAGGAAAGUAGAACACUGAAUAUAAAAAGUCGUUUAGUUACUUUAGUACUUUACCUGAUUUUUGCUUCCUAAGGCCGAUAUUUGGUCCGCAACCUUUAGAAGAUUCGCUCUGACCUGACUCAACUCCGCCAUUGUUUGAUAAACACCUGUUUCAAGCUGAGAUGAUUUUAGCGGGCAAUCACGGAAAUAUGAGCCCACGAAUAACAAAGACAAUUGUGUUUUCAACCAAUAAACCGGUGAUUUUCAAAAACUUAUUUAAUGAAAUGAAUAUAACCUCAAAAUAUAUAUGAUAUAGUGAAAUGCAAAAGUUGAUUGCAGACAUGGGAAACCAUAGCUAGCUACCCUAAUUUAUUUUUUAUCUAGAGAAUUCUUUGUUGCACUUGGUGGUGCUAAAGGACUUCUACUUGUUCAAUGUGAUAAUGGUGAGGCGAACUUCAACCUCAUUGCCUGUUGUCGAUAUCUUGUGGAUGACACCCGGCGCCGUACACUAGAAGACUUUGACGUUUUUAAGAAACCUAUCCACAUUAUCUUUAUCAUUCAAUUACCAAAGAUUGCUGGGGGAUGUCAACAUUUUGUAGGAUUUCAAGGUGGAAAAUGGCAGUCAAUUCAUAUUGACGAGCUUCUUGAAUCGAACGAGCAGCUUCCACAGAUUGAACAGUUGGUAAAUCGCUCAGUAAGUGAUCUAUUUCAGCCAGCCUACUCUGCAAGAGGUGAUGAUAUUGAGGAUAGGGAUGUUGAUCUUGAUGCUAGUAUACCAAGCGGUAGCCAAAAACUGCAUGUGGAGAACAUAGAGGUAAAAGAAAAAUAUGGUAUAUACUACAAAACAAGGGACCAAACAGUUUAAUAUAGCAAUAGAGUUGAUGUUCGCGGGCAUAAAUAUGUUUUUGGCCCUCAAUCCAGACUCAUUUUCGCCCGAGCAUAACGAAGGUUAAAAUGAGUUCUGAGGAGGGUACAAAAACAUAACUGUCACAGAAAUAUAAACGAGUUUAAAUGUAUCUAUUUAAGGCUUGCGUAUUAUAUGUAUCUAGAGCGUGGACUAGAAGUGACUGAAAAAGAUGACCAACAAUUUCUGCCUUUAUGUUCACCAUAUCGACCUUAUCUCUGUACCCUUCAUAUAUCACCAAUCUACCUGAUUUUCUUACUUUUUAGGAUUCUGAUGAAGAAAAGAUUGAUCAGCAAAAUAUUAAACCGACGUUGUUGUUGAAAAACUGUCUACAAGAUGCAGCAGCAAGAAUUUAUGAUGAGUCAGCUGAAGUCACCAGAGCCACGAAACGUAUUGAAAUAUUGCUGAAAUGGUUGCCCGAAGAUAAUUCACAAGAAACAGGUUUGUAAAUCGGUUAUAGUUUAUAUAACUGUUAUAUACAGUUAUAUAGUGAUAUAUAGUUAUAUUUUGUUUUGUGAUGUUACUCUGAGUAUGUUUCCACACCGGGCAAGCUUGAAAAAUAUGCCUGGCCACGGUUGGAAUCGAACCUACGACCUUUGGAAAACUAGCUUUCAACUGAGCUACGCGGUCGAGUAUGUGAUAGAUCAGUUCGAGUAUGUGAUAUUUCGGAACUGAGUCUAGUUCCUUCGAUAUCAAUGCAAUCUAGUAAUCAUGAUUUUACUCGAACCGACCUGACGGCGUAGCUCAGUUGGCAGAGCAUUGGGCUAGUAUUCCAAACGUCGUAGGUUCGAUUCCCACCGUGGCCAGGCAUAUUUUUCAAGCUUGCCCGAUGUGGAUAUACACUCAGAGUAAAAUCAAAAACAUCAUAUUCUCCUGAGCACAUAACACCAACACAGAAAUAAAAUCUUAGUUAUAUUUUGUUUGUAAGGACGUACAGGAAUAGUUCCAGCCAGAUUUGCUAGGGAUACUUAUCGAGCUUUGGUCGUGGUUCACACACCAGUCUGUAUACUCUUGCAUUUCACAAUCAUACUACUAUCGUUUGUUAAUUGCUUUUUCCAAAUAUUGAAAAAGAAUAUCGAACCCCCUGCACCUGCUCUUCCCAGUAAAUCCAUUCCUGAAAAGGUAAUAGAGAGUUUAGGCUUCACGUUAUACGUCAAACGGCAAACGCCAGGCAAAGAAAAAUUUUACGGUAACAGGCAAUAAAGAGUAAAUAAACUUGCUGUUUUCAAACUGAAAUACAUAAUUAUUCUUUCGACGCAAGAAAGAAAAUAUGAAACGAAAAAGCUCAACGAAAUUUUUGCCAAGAAAGUUCGAACCCGCCGUUUGCCGUUUCCGAAAACGUGAAGCUUAAACUCCCUAAUAAUUUUCGAAUGUUACUGACUUACUGAUCAUGUGUAAGAAAAUUGUCACUCUAUUGAAUAAGGUUAGUUUGAAUUCUUUGAUUCACUUUUCGACAUUGAAUUAAUUACCUUAAUUAAAAAUCUAGUAACGUUUAUAACAUUAAAACCGAAAUCAAACUGAAUACCAACUAAAUUUCUGUUUUAAUUAAAUCAAUAUUUAUUUUUAGAGUUUUCCAAAAUCAUUGCCACGCGCGUUCACAAUUUACUUCGGCAACGAGACGAAAAAUGUCCUGAAGAUCAGCGACUGUGGUUACAACAUGAAGCUUUGCGUCAAGGACAUCUUCAGGAAACUGGAACAUUCAGAAAAGCGUUAUGGCAAAAACUUUCCUCGAUUGUCUCUCCAAUGUUAUCAGAAGUGAUUGCGUACUGUGAUCAAAAUCACAACCUCGAUUUGCUACGCGAAGGAAAUGAAUGGCAAAUAGGAUUGUGGCUAACAAUGUUCAGUAAAGAUGUAAUUACGCCUUUAAGUUAUGAUUCUUUUACUUCUCCUGUAUCCGGUAGAGUAAGAGAAAGAGCUCGUGUUUUGAGUACUGGAGUUGGGCAUUGUUUCAGUGCGAAAUUUCCGUUUUCAUGGAUUAUUAAAGAUAUUGUCAACGUCCUUUUGCCACAAGUUGGAGGUAGGUAUAUUUUACAAUAGGGAUGUUCGAUAUCAGAAAUUUCUGGUAUAUUGAUAUAACGAGAAUAUGGUAUCGGUUUUCGGACCUUGUUGAUUGGAGAGGAAAUUCCUUUGUUGAAAUUUGAAUAAAAUUAAAUUACACAACGUACCUAUCAUGUUUAUUCAGAGGUGAAAAGCAGUAUUUCAUUGAGAUUUUAACACCGAUAUAUAGCUUAUUCCUUAAAAAGAAAGAUAAUCAUGACAACCAUGAAAGGAAAGUUGUAUUUUUUAAUUCGUCACUAUAUGAAAGAUAUCAAAAGGUCAAAAAUCACAAUUAUUAUCGAUGUAACAAUGAAUAUUAGUAUAAAUUUUGCAUAUCAAUUGAGCUUUCGCGCGUUUUGAUUGGCUAGUUCACUC